UCUCUAAAGAUCUUUCCUUUUUUCAUGUCUUUGAUUUCCAAGACCACUGCUUUGGGGCUUUAAUUUAGCAUUUUGUUAUUUUUUUUUUGUUGCCUUCAGUUGAUGUUUUGGGAGUUUCCUCUUUCGUUGAUGAGAGAAUUGGAGGAAAGAAGAAGAUUAGCAUGAAUUAUGGGGAUAAGUUGUGAAUAAUGCCAGCAAAACCGGUGAACGAAGAUCAACAGUUAGACCAUGGUGCUCAAAGUGUGUUGCAGUCAACUGUCUUCUCUGAGCCCUGGUGGAAAGGGGUUGGUACUAAUCCCUUAGGUGAAGCUGCCUCAAAUUCAUCUUCUAUGGAACAACUACAUGGUUCAAUGGCAAAUGGAGCUGUCCAGUCACAAGCUCAUGGUGGCUUGGGCAAUGGAGAUGGGAGAAAUGGACAAGAUCGCCAACAUCCCAAGCAUGCUCCUUCUGCAGCACCCCUUACUUUGGGUGAACACCUUGAACCAAAUUCCCAAAUGGAACUAGUUGGUCACUCAAUUGUCUUGACAGCGUAUCCCUAUUCAGAUCCUCAGUACAGUGGAAUAAUGACUUCAUAUGGGCCACAAACGAUGGUGUCACCACAUCUAUAUGGAAUGCAUCAUGCUAGAAUGCCUUUGCCUCUUCAAAUGGAAGAGGAGCCUGUUUAUGUAAAUGCAAAGCAAUAUCAUGGCAUUUUGAGGCGAAGACAAAUACGUGCUAAGGCUGAGCUAGAAAAGAAAGCCUUUAAAGCUAGAAAGCCAUACCUUCAUGAGUCUCGGCAUCUACAUGCUAUGAGAAGGGCUAGGGGUUGUGGAGGUCGUUUUCUUAAUACAAAGAAGCAGGAUAAUGACGUUACCAGUCCCACCUCAGAAGAAUGCAUGAAUUCAGAUGCAAACCUUUCAACCAAAUCAGCUCACUUAUCUGGUUCUGGGUGUAGAUCUGCAAAUUUAAAUUCCUUCUACGAUCAGAAAGAAGGAAACGGGUCACUGGUACAGGACUUGCCCAAUGCACAAUCUUUAGCUAAUGUUAACACCAAUGGCCAUGGUCUGUCAUCAACAUACCACUCAUCAUCUAAUGAUGCUGUGGAGGGUAACUGCUUUGGCCAGCAGAGGAAUAUUGUGCAAGGGAAUGGGGCACAAGAUGGUGCCCCGUCAAUUAAAUGAAAUUCCUCCUUGAGGUGGGUGGCGUUCUCCAGCAUUGCUUUGCAGGCAAAGGUGGAGGUAUUUGCCCCUUCGAUCUUGGGUGGUGGAAUCCCUCCCAGAGUGGCAUUCCACAGGCAAUUCAUUCUUGGCUUUGGUAACUCAUGGUUAAGGGGUUAUACGAGGAGAUAUGCGGUCUUUGGUUGAUCUCCACUCUGCUAAGAGUUUGACAUCCCUCCCAUUGACCCCUUUGUAAAAAGAUAAAUAGGUGUUGUAUCUAUCAAGUAGCAAACCAGUUGUGAAUGUGCAAAAUUUCAGACAACUUACAUUUGAACAUGUCAAAGAGCAUGGAGACUUGUGUAUGACUGAAAGAGUUUUUUAAGUUUUCCAUCAUAGUGUGGCCAUAAUAAUGUAAAGUGGCGCCUUGUGUUGCUGCUGCCUCUCUCCCUCUCUUUCAUAUGUAUUGUAGUGAUUGUCCGGAGACUUGUUACAUUAUAUAAACUGUUUGGAGGGAUGUGGUGAUUGUUUCUCG